GAUAAUAUAGCUCGGUGUGGGGAUAACCGACAUACCUUAACCGUCAUUCCGGAGACCGUCCGGUGGUUUGGUUUUCGUAUCUAUCGGUGUAGGUCGCGUCGUGCUUCGUCGUUUAUCCAUCUAACUUGAUUUUUCGGUUUUGUUCGACGGUUUUUCUCCUUCUAUGAGUUUUUCCGCUGUUUUUCGAACACUUUUCGAGGUUAAAAUCGCCGAUCGAAGUUUAAACAGGGUAUAAACGUGUAAAAACAAUAUUUAUAAAAAUGAAAUGUGUUUUUAUUUGUUAGAUUAUUUAGUUUUUUGUUGUUUUCAAGGCCAACUAGUUCCGAGAGGUUACGGUAAUGUGUCUUUUUUUGUGAAUACUUAAAGGUAUUGAUACGCCAUCGUUUAUCGUGUAUCUGAAUGCAACAGCAUUCUUGCGAAGGCUUCAGUCGACCAGUGGAAUAGUGGUAACUACUCUUAGAGAGGAUUGUUUUAAAUAGUUCGUUUGGUUAAUAAGUUUCCUAAGCAUCUGUUCGACGGACCGCAUCUGCUCUCAGUGAAGGGUGUUAUUUGUUAAUGAACGUAUGAAGUGUAUAGGGUGAUUCCAUUUAAUUUUUCGUGGAUAACUACAAGAAUGGGUAAUCAUCCUUCUAAUCACGUGCCUUUGGAGAGAAAUUUGAGUAAAUUUGGAGAUGUUAACGCGAGGCGGAGUCUCCGCUCCCCCCGUAAAAUGGACCGACUUCGAAGGUCUUUCAGGGACUCCUUCAGAAGACGGAAGGAUCGUAUACCUGAAAGUUCGAAACCUCACCAAUGGCAAGCGGACGAAACAGCCGUUCGAUCUGGCACGUGCACUUUCGCCGUUAAAUAUAUGGGUUGUGUGGAAGUUUUCGAUUCGAGGGGGAUGCAAGUCUGCGAAGAAGCCCUCAAAGUUUUAAGGGGUUCCAGGAGAAGACCCGUGAGAGCGGUCUUGCACGUAAGCGGCGACGGACUUAGAGUUGUCGAAGAAGAAACCAAAGGCUUAAUAGUCGAUCAAACAAUAGAGAAAGUUUCGUUUUGCGCACCCGAUAGAAAUCACGAACGAGGUUUUAGUUACAUUUGCAGGGACGGUACGACGAGGAGGUGGAUGUGUCAUGGGUUUCUGGCUAUGAGGGAGAGCGGAGAAAGACUGUCGCACGCUGUCGGAUGCGCUUUUGCCGUUUGUUUGGAAAGGAAACAAAAAAGAGACAAAGAAUGCGGAGUUACGAUGAUGUUCGAUACCAAAAAUAAUACUUUCACUCGGAGCGGUUCGUUUAGACAACAAAGUUUAACGGAACGAUUAGAAAGGGAAAGGGGGAUUGACGUUGGUCCUACGAAUUCGAAACCGCCGCCUCCAGUUAAUCCAUUCGCUAUCGAACGACCCCACGCGACGCCCAGUAUGUUACAGAGACAAGGCAGUUGUAGAGGUUUCAGUACUCUGGGUGAAAGUUCUCCGUUCAAACGACAGAUGUCGCUGCGCGUCAACGAUCUCCCGAGUAAUACCGCCCGUUUGAAUUCCUACAAAUCGCCGACAUCUCCAACGGCGAACGGUAAACCGCAGGUAUCGCCGAUACCCGAAAUAUCACCGGGAGAUUCCGUAACUGCGCUCUGCCAACAGCUGAGCCAGGGAUUAAGUCAAUUGACGCACAGCGGAUCCGACGAUUUCAAUUUCAACAAUCAAAGUUCCGUUAACCAGAAUACGCUGAACGCGACCGCGAUAAACAACAGCUACAGAACGUCUCCGAACGUUUUCGCUCCCGUCACUUUGAAUUUGAGUCCUAAGAACGAGGUUAACACUACAACGAGUUCGACGUCGACGCUUCCCAAACCGGAACAAUGGUUGGAAAUGGUCAAGUCUUCCUCUCCUACUUUGGGGAAAAUGGACGGGUCCACGCCUAGACGUACACCGUCCUUUAAGACACAAUCGAGAGCGGUGUCUUUAGAUACAGGAUCGGACUCGUUCCAAAGUACCAAAGCGGAUCCUUUCGAUGCCGAAUGGGCCGAACUGGCAGCUAGACAAGCGACUAACAGUACUAACCCCUUUUUGUCAACCAGUACUACUCCUAAAGCGUUUCAGAUACAACUUUAGUCUUUGGAUUUUUUUUUGUUACGGUGGAUCUUGGAAGUAUUUUCUAGAUCUGUGUGUUUUGUUAAAUGGUGAAUUUUUUUUGUUGAUUUUUACGUAUAUAUCUUUUUUUAUUUAUAUCGUGUCAUAGAAAAAAUAUAGUUCGGUGAAAUUAUACUUAACGAAACAGUUGAUUGUUCCGAAAAGUAUAAUUUCUACUGUAUCUUUCAAAGAUGUGAUUCAUUCCAAUAUCGAGGGGUACCGAAAAGGGAAAUGGUAUAAGGGUGGUUGGAAAUUUUUGCCAGGACUAGUCUGUGCAAUGUGUACAUAGUGAGGGGGUGAGUUAAAACGAAAUGCUUCUGGAACAGUUUUUUUUAUUUGAAAUUAUUUGUUCAAAAUUAUAUUUUGGUCCAUUUUUCAGUUCGGUGGUUAGGAAAAAAAAUUAGAAAGUCUCUACUUUAUCAAUUGAGGUUACAUCGACAUUAUAUUUGUGAAAAUUCGUUUAUUAAUUGAAAAGUACUUCGAAUUACAGUAGUACCACCUUUCAAACGCUAAUUAUUUUUUAUUUAAAGAUCAUAAUUUCGAAACUGUUACUUAUUAUGUUCGUAACCGUGAUAAAUAGGUUUAAAUACUUCAUUUUUUUAUUGAAAAGCACCUGGUACUCCCAAAAUCAUAGCAGUACCACUUGACAACAUAUAUUUUUUCAUUGUAGCAUCUUCAACUUCACUUUCUUAAAAGGAAAUGACAAACUGUCACUUGCCAAUUUUAUAACAGGGAUUAUAGUCCAUAUUUUCCACUUUUUUACUUCAAAGUACCACGUUUUAUCAAAAUUACAGUAGUACUACUACUUAAAAUUCUAUUACUUCAAUAAAAAUUUUCAUCUUUACAAUUUUUAUAAACAAAAGAUAAACUGUUACUUACAAAUUUGGUAACUGUGAUAAAUGGGGUCGUAUACUUAAUUUUUUCAUUAAAAAGUACCAAGCAACCUUGAAAUUACACUAGUACCACUCAACGUACUCCAAUUCUUUACAAAUUCCUAUGAAAAUGACAAAAUGUCAGUCAUUACGUCGGUAGCAGUGAUAAAUGAGAUUAUAUAAUUCGAUGUUUCAUUGAAAGUACCACGUAUCCUUUAAAUAACAGUAGUACCAUAUCAUAAAGACUAAUUAUUUAAUUUGCAUGUGCUAAUCUUAACAUAUCUGAAAGGAACAUACGAAAUUUCGUUGGCAACAAUAGUGAAUGAGGUUAUGUACUUAAUUUUUUCAUUUAAAAGUACAGUUUUUCAAACUAUUACACUAGUACCGCUUAUCGAAGUCCUAUUCUUAUAUUUGAAGAUGAAAUUUUCACAGAUUUCAAUGAAAAUGGCAAAUUGUCACUUAAUAUGAAAGUAAAAGUGAUACACGAGUUUAUAUACCUCAUCUUUUUCAUUAAUAAGUACCACGUUCUAUCAGUAUUAUAGUAGUACCACUUUUCGAAGUACGAUUUAAUCAUUUGAGAAGACUAAUCGCUACAAAUUUGGAAAAAAAUGACUUUUUACAUUCACUUAAUUAAAUACAAAAUAACUUAAUCCUUCAACAUUCCAGUAGUACCACACCAUAUUGCCCAAUGUUAGAGAAAAACUAAUUAAGUUGGCAACAGUGCUUAAUGAGGUUAUGUACUCCAUUUUUUCAUUGAAAAGUACCACGUGAUCAUGAAAACUGUGAUGAAAAUAAAUUUAUUCACAAAUAUAAGUCGAUGUAUAGUGAAUUCAAGUUUUUUUUGCAAGAUUUAGUUUUGAAUAUUUUUAAUGUACUUAAAAAUUAUUUUUUUUUGCUUGAAAGGUUGUAAAUCUCAGGAUACAUACAACAUCAAAAAAUGACUUAAUCUACGCUUAAACUAGAUCCUUUUUUAUAAAAUAAAUUUAUAAAAUUGAAAAAAAAAUAACUAUAUUCACUCAUAUAUAAUCUCACACCUACGAUUUUUUGAAAAAUGCACAAUUACUAUACUAAGUACUUAAAACGAAUUAAGUAGAGCUCUAAAAAAACCGACCCUGACCUGGUCAAUUUAUAUAAAUAGAUUUUUACAGUGUGAUACAUUUAAAAACAAAGUAAUAACAUUUAAAUUUUGUUUAAAUAAUUAUUUUUUCAUGGAAAUUAUUGUACACUAAGAAAAAUACAAUAUCAACAAACAAAUCAACACAAAAAGUACAAUUUCAACGUGUGACGUCACUUGAAAUACAAAAUUUUACUCUUUUAUUUCUUAAACCGACCCUGCACACCACAAAAAAUUAAUUUUUGACGAAAAUUAUUGUAUAAUAAAAAACAUAGAAUAUCCACAAACAAAUCAAGACAAAGAAGUACAAUUCCAACAUGUUAAAUCAGUUGAAUUACAAAAUUUUAAUUUCUCUUUUCUUAAACCGACCCUGUUCACCACAAAUAAUUAUUUUUUUAUGAAAAUUAUUCUACAAUGAGAAAAAUGCAAUAUUAACGAACAAAUUUAAACAAAAAAAUAUAAUUCCAACGUGUUAUGUCAUUUGAAAUCCAAAAUUUUAGACUCUUAUUUCUUAAACCGACCCUGCCACACACGUGACAUUUGUCUACUAACUGUAGUUUGAGCAGUGGUUAGGAGACGAAAUUGAUGACCGGAAAAUUGAAUGUGAGUUUAUAGGAAUGAUCUUAUGUGUUUUCUUAUUCUCUUUGAAUUUUUUUUUACUUUAACAACUUAACGAAAUGAUAAACACCAUUCAAAUUGAAAGAUUUAUUUUUAGAGUAACUAUUCAGGAAAUGUUGAUAUUACAUUCCAUUUUAAAUGCAUCACACUGUAUUUAGUACAAGGCUGACGAAAUUAUAUCAUUGUAGCACUUCUACUUAAAAAUGUACACCAGUUACUUAAUUUACAAUUUUUUGGUUAUAUCAUAUUUUAAAAUUUUCGGUUUUAUUUUCUUCUUCAGUUUUCCUAUCAAUGUUUGAAAAAAAAAUGUUCAUGCAUAUCUGACUUUUUUAUAAAUAAUAUAUAGUGAAAGAAAAAUUAACGCUGUUUAUAGUAUACAGGUUGUCCCAAGUUAUCAUAAAAAGGCAAUAUCUCGUUUAUCUGAUAAGAUAAUUAAAAAAUGAAAAAACUUAUUUUUAAAAUUAUCAAUCCAGAAUAUUUGAGAGAAUGUUUUUUUUAAAAUUAUGCAUUUAUAAUCAUUCCAUUUUUUUAUAUUUUUAUAUAAUAGUAAUCAUGUACGAAGUUUUUGAAAGAAAAUUAAAUUUAUUCAAUAUAUACAGGUAUAGGUAAUGAAACAGUAAGUUUUUCUUGAACAAAUUAAUAAAUAAAAACAAAAAUUUUCAUUUUUUGUUAAUUAUAUCCACAAAAUGGCGUCUAUUCUAUUACCAACCCCCUGUAGAUGUUAUUUAACUAAAGUUUUCAAAAAGUACGAAACAAAAUCUAUGGAUACACUUGAAAAAUAAAAAGUCACUAGUAUGUGUAUGGUGGAAAUAAAUCAAAGUGAAUUAGUUAGCAGUAAACUGGUAAAUUAUGCUACUUCAUCUGAUAUCUGGUCUUUUUAUUUCAAUUUUCACCUUUUUAUCUCAUUGAGUUUUGUUCUACCUCAUCCUCAACCUUUUUUAUGGUUUCCAACCCCUCUUUAUCUUUCUACUUCUCCUCUAAAGAUGUCUCUGGCCUUGUAUUAUCAAUUUUCAACUCCCUUUCUAUUAAGGCCUUGUUCUACCCCAUCUAAUCACUUUUCCUUGGGGUUUUUAAUCACUCUUUUUCUCUCCACUUCUCCUCAAUAGAUCGUUGUUGCUUUUUCUUCAUUAAUUCGACCCAGAUUACCUCUGGAAUUGUUUCUCCAAUGUUUGAUCUCUUUAGAUCUUGUUCUAUUCCAUCCUAAUCAGAUUUUCUGGAGCUUCUGAAGCUUUCAGUUUCCGUUUACCCUUCCUCGUUGCUCUUUAUUUAUUCAUUCACACUAGAUGUUAUUGAUUAAUUGCCAACAGUCAGCAUCCUCUUAUCUCUUUAAUAUUUAUCAUAUUUUAGUUAAAAAAUGCAAAAAACUAGAUUUUACCUAAACCUACAUUGGUACAUAGGAAAUUUUUUUUACCUACCAGAUAUUUCUUAGUUUCCUCAUAUAGUCAAUUCCUUCUGAAUUAAUUCUUUGUUUUAUAACAAAAUAGUAAUUUAUACCUUGAAUAUAUACAGGGUUAACUAUUGAAAGUGGCAUUAAAUCUAUUAUUUCCAUUACUUUGUAUGUUAUAAGGAACAAAGUUUAUAAUUUUGUUACUAAAAUUUGUUAUUAACUGUAUUAGAAAAAAUUGUUUUACUUUUUGGAAGAUGUUUAAAAAGGAUAAAUAUUACCAUCAAAAAGCGAGAAUUCGAAGUGUUACAUUAUAAGAGAAAUUUAUAUUAGUUCUAGAGAUUCUUUUGCAAAUGUUGAAGAAAUAACGAAAGCUAUUUUAUUGUAUUUAUUAUGAUUUAUAUGUAUUAGAGCACGGCUAUUGCUCUACAUAUGGCACAUGUACUUAUAUAUAUAUACAUAUUAUACACACAUCUGUAUUAUACAAUUUCUUAAUAUUUUUUUCCUGUAAUAUAGUAAUAAAUAAGUAUUGUCUGUUAGAAAAA